CAGCAAUUGGCAUUUGAAAGAACGCUGAAAUUCGCUUCAAGCCAACACCGGAACAAAAUGAAUAGGCUGUCCUCCAUGCUUUUGGCAUUUGCCAUUUUCCAAUGCUCGUUCGUCUUCAGUGCUGCUGACAUCAAUUUAGGUGUCAGCGAUUUCAAAUGCCCAACAGGCCACAGCAUCUACCCGCAUCCUGAGCGGUGUGAACUGUACUACACCUGUUACAACACAGAACCCACUUACCUGUGGCAAUGUAGAUCCAAUUUGCUAUUUGACCUCGUCUAUGACGGCUGCAACUGGCCCGAUCAAACGUACUGCGGAAAUCGUACCCGACCGGAUGAGUUUGCUACAAGCGUUCAGCCUGUACCCACAACCUCAACACCUAGUCAACCUAGCCUGAAGCCUAUUACAUGUCCCGAUGACGGGUUUUAUCCCGAGUACACGGACCGUUGCAGUUCCCAUUUCUACACUUGUCUCGACGGCCAGUCCUUUUCCACUUAUUGUCCAUCCUACGGUGUCUUCGAGCCGGUCAACAGACGAUGUGUUUCACCAAACGCUUUGGCGUGCAAGAGUGCAACGCCAACAACUAGUGCGCCAAUAUUGUCAACGCCAUCCGCUACCAAAACGAGUGCCCCCGCGGCGACAACAAUUCCGCCAACAACAAUCCAUUUAACAACAGUGGUCACCAAAACAACCGUGGGAGGUUCAUUCGUCUGCCCGUCAAACGGAACUUACCCAGACCCAGCUCAAUGCUCAAAUUACUACGUGUGUGACAACGGCACCGCCUUCCUUUUCACUUGUCCGUCUGGACUUGUGUUCAAUCCAGCUGGUGGCGUUUGCGAUUGGCCCAGCAGCGUCCCUAGCUGCAAUGGUAAAUAGAAUGACGACGCCGUUUUUCUUAAAGAUGCUUUCCACCGCUGAAGCAUAAUAAUCAAACUUUGUUUUGCUCCACCAAACAAGUGUACUUACUAUAAUUUUUAAUGCAGAGAUGCGUUAUAUAUAAUUGGUUUGUUGUAUAACUGAUAUAUUGUGAACGUAGCUUAAUGUAAAGUAUACGUUCCCCAGUUGCUUUUAUUUCUAUAUGCGUAUGCCUUGUGAUAAAUCGAAUAAAAUGACGAAAGUCGUAAUGACACUU